GGAGAGGGAAGAUUGCUUGGGUGUCAAUGAAAAUCUUCAAGCUGGUUACGCUCUUAAAAUUUCCAACUUCAGUUCUGUUUGAACGGAUGCAAGAAAAGCUGUCAUUUGGAGUUCGCAACUGAGGGGAAAAAAACCAAUUUAAGCAUUGCUUGGAUUGUGGUUUAAAGCAACACACACGUCACAUGAAUAAUUACAAUGCCGAUGAAGACUUGGACGAUGACUUUGCCACCCAGUUUGUCAUUCAGCAGAGUUUGCAGGAUAUAUGCAAGCCAGAGACCAUAGAGCAUGCAGAAGACAAUGAGAGUCUCCAUUCUUUUUUGAGCCCAGAAUAUAAGAAGAUUGUUGAAGCAAUCAAGGCAGUUAAGUACCCUCCUUAUUCUACCCUCAAGGGUUUAUGGUGAGGAAGAUGCUCUGUCAAAGCUGUCUGUGCACUCGUCGGCAUUCGAGGAGGCGGAUCAGACAGGCUGGCUCCCUUUACACCAUGCAGCAGCUCAAUUAAACAAACACAUCUUGGAGCUCACUCUGAAAGGUUCACAACCCAGACUAUGGGAGCAAACUACUCGGAAGGGUGAGACUCCGCUCUUCUUGGCUGUAGACAAAUGCCUCGUGGAAAAUGCCAACUUUCUUCUUCUCAAUGACUGUGACCCCAACACUCAGAAUGAAGAAGGCCAUUCUCCUUUACUUAUGGCUGUCAAACACCAUUCCUAUGACAUGGCUUCCUUGCUGAUCACCUUUGGAGCCAAAGUUAAUUUGUGUUGUGCCAACAAGAGGACUGCAUUGCAUGAGGCUGCCCGACUGGGCGGGAAGGACAUGGUAGACCUCUUAUUGCGUUCGGGGGCUGAUCCUGACCCACAGAGCACCUAUGGAUUCACGCCACUUGCUCUUGCUGCCCAAGGCGGGCACACGGAAGUUAUGGGACUCUUAUUACAAAAGGGGGCCAAUGUUCUCUCACAGGCUUCAGAUGCUUCAUCCAUUUUGCUUGAGGCUGCUGCUGGAGGAAAUCCUGACUCUCUGACUCUCCUGCUGGAACAUGGAGCUGAUGCCAACAUCCCCAAGAGUUCAGGCCACUUGCCUAUUCAUGUUGCUGCUGAUCGAGGCCAUUUAUUAGCACUAAAGAUUUUGGUCCCUGCGACUGAUUCGGUUGCCAUCAAGAGAAGCGGGAUCAGCCCCCUCCACUGUGCAGCAGCUGGAGCACAUUCACAAUGCCUCGAGUUUCUCCUCCGAGUUGGGUUUGAUGCUAACUUCAUGCUCGAUCAGAAAAUUCGCAAACACUAUGAUGACCAAAGAAAGUCAGUCCUAUAUUUUGCUGUGUCAAAUGGUGAUAUCUCCUCGGUGAAGCUGCUCCUGAAUGCAGGGGCUCUGCCAAAUCAAGACCCAGUCAACUGCCUCCAGAUAGCCCUCAGAAUGGGUAACUAUGAGUUGGUAAGCCUGCUGCUCCGGCAUGGAGCCAAUGUCAAUUAUGUCUGCAGGGUGAAUCCUUUGCAUUUCCCAUCGGCUCUGCAGUACACCCUCAAAGACGAGGUCAUGUUAAGGCUGCUGCUCAACUACGGAUAUGACACGGAGAGGUGUUUCGACUGUCCCCAUGGAGACAAAGUUCAUUCCCGCUACACUUUUGAAGGCUGGACCUCGACUGUCAUCCGAGAUACACUGUUCUGCGAGGUGAUCACUCUGCCUUGGCUGCAGCAUCUCUCGGGUAAAGUCAUUCAGGUGAUGCUUGACUACGUCGACAGAGUUCAGAUCUGCUCCAAGCUCAGAACUGUACUCCAAGAACAGGCAUCGUGGUCAGAAAUCAAUUCAGUACUGACAAACCCUCGUUCCUUAAAACAUCUUUGUCGUCUGAAGAUUCGUAAAUGCAUGGGCCGCCUACGUCUCCGCUGCCCUGUCUUCAUGUCAUUUUUGCCACUACCCAAUCGACUGAAAGAAUAUGUACUUUUCAGAGAGUAUGACCUUUACGGACAAGGAUGUUUAACAGGGACCUGGUAACUGAAGUACUCCAGAGCAGAAGAUGUCAUUUUGGGGCUAGAUUCCUUAAAAACCAGAAACUAUUCGAUCUGUCUCCUGGCUCUAUCUAGCAUGUGUAAUAUGCACAUUAACCCUCCCCUUUGCCCAAGCUGUUCUGAACCCACCCGUCUAUCCAGCUCCAUGUACAGCUUUUAGUGGGUGUACACAAAUACACUUGAGAUCAGUGAUUUGUCAGCUUGAGGAGCUUAUGUGUGAACUCCCUCCAACGACUGACAAAAAUCAGUCUAGCAGAUAGAUCCCAGGGAAUUGUUAGAAUCACAUGGGGGUCGAGGCUUGCCCCAGUGUCAGACAUUCAGUAAGGAUCAGAGGGUGGCUUUGAAUCCAUGUUGUCUGGACCCUAAGCCCUGCUCUCUAUUCACUUCACCACACUGCUUCUAUGGCAGACACAAAGUUUUAGGAAUGAAAAUAUUGCCAUAAAACCUCAAUUAUCUGGAGUGGUCCCCUUUUCUGGCUAACGUUUUCAACCCAUUAGAAAUUUUUCCAAAGCUGUCCCUCCACUUCUGCCCUUUAGUGAAGGAGGUAUUCUCAAGAAGAUGGAAUCUUUGCUGACUCAUCUUGUAAUAGUUUUGUUUUUAGCCAUAGUUCUUACUGUAGAGUGUUGGCAGACAAAGAACGUGGCGGGCUGGCGCUGGGUGACCUGCCUCCAAACAGCUGUGGACAAAUGACUUCCUCAUCUGUUAAAUAAGGGGAUGAGAGGAGAUGAUCCCGAAGGUCAGUUCAGGCUCUGACAUUCCUACUCUAGGCCACUUAGGUCAGGAAUCUUUAGUUCAAACCCCAGAUCCAACUGGCUGCUGUGUGGCUAUGGGCAAGUUCCUUAAUUUUUCUGAGCAGAAAAUGGGGAAACACUAAUCAGCAAGGAUCUAUUAAGUGCCUACUAUGUGCCCUACCCUGCACUAGGUGCUGGGGAUCCAAGCACAAGAGGCAGCCCUCUUCCUCCAGGAGCUCUGUGCUGGGGGCAGGACACGUGUCUGGUGACUUCAAUGUGCCUGAGGCAAAACUGUCAGGAGCAGAAAAGGCCUGACGCUUGGCACCAACGUCUCAUCUUAAAGGGGCUCUGAGGAAAGUGCUUUGUAAAUCAGACAUCGUGUAAAUGAGCUGCAGUUUGAUUCUCGGGGAUUAAUUAGAAUGUGCACUUACCUUAAAAACAUACAAAAGCCCACAUCAAUUUCCAGUCACCUGCUUUCUUAGGUCAAGUACAAAAUAAGGAAGGAGGGAUUUGGUUGAAGUCUUCAGUUAACUGAAGUUUUAAUGUAAAUGUCUUUAUAAAGAUGCUAGAUGUCUGUUAAGGUUGCUAUUAGGAGAACGCUAAUACAGAAAGUAAGCUGUUUUAAAUAAAUACACAUGAAUUUAAAUAAAAUGCGACAACAUUGUCAAAUUUC